AUGGCAGACACCAGCGCCUCCCCGCCACCAGGGGCGGCGGCAGGUGACGAGAACAACAACAAGAAGAAGAAGGAGCGAAGCAGGAGCGGAAGCAGAGACAGAGGCAGAGGCAGAGGCAGAGAGCGACGCAGAGGGUCGUCCCCAGAGGCCGACGACAUCGGCAAGGUGACGGUGCUGGACGUGCUGCGGGUGCUGGGCGGCGUGGUGCUGCUCAACUUUGCGCUGAGCUGGUACAUCACGGGCGAGUCGUUCCUGUGGGGGUGGCGGCCGUGGUUCUCGCGGCCGGACGGGCUGAGGGCUUGGUUGCGCGGCCCCGUCCUCCUCACAGACGAGCAGCUCGCCGCCUACGACGGCUCCGACCCCUCGAAGCCCAUCUACCUCGGCCUGAACGGCACCAUCUACGACGUCACGCCCGGCAGACACUUCUACGGCCCCAACGGCGGCUACCACUUCUUCGCCGGCCGCGACGCCGCCCGCGCCUUCGUCACCGGCUGCUUCGACACGGACCUCACCCCGGACCUGCGCGGCGCCGAGGACAUGUACAUCCCGACCGACGUGCCCGAAGAAGCGGAAUCAGAACUCUCUCUCUCCCCCGCCGACCGCGAUGCCCGCGACGCCCGCGAGCGCGCCGAGGCGCGCAGAAAAGUCGACGACGUCGUCGCCGGGUGGGCGCACGUCUUCGCCGGCGGCACCGGCAAGGAGUACCUGGCGGUCGGGCGGAUCGUGAGGGAGGAGGGCUGGCUGGAGCGGUUGCCGCGGAGGGAGCUGUGCGAGAAGGCGGCGGGGUUGAGGCCGAAGGGGAGGGUCAAGAAGAGGAAGAGUAAGGGUAAGGGUAAGGGUGAGGGGGGGGAGGAUGCGGCGGCGGCGAAGGAGGGAGGGAAGCGGUGA